CGGCUGAGGAGGUAGCUGUUACCGCCGGAGAGCUGUUUUCUUCGGUACCAGCCGAAUGGCGGACCGUGAGGCGUCGCCGAUACCGUUGGAGAUCCGAGCCCGGCUGGCGGAGCUGGAGCUGGAGCUGUCAGAGGGGGACAUCACUCAGAAGGGUUAUGAGAAGAAGAGGUCCAAGCUGAUCAGGGCAUAUGCUGGAGCUUUUCUGCCUGCUUUUGUAGGUAUGGAGGGGCCCAUGUCUCAUCGGGCCCCGCUCGGCCCCCCGGCCGCCGCCCGCUUCCACCGGCGGAGAACGUCCGGAACCAGAGACGAGCGCUACCGAUCAGACGUCCACACUGAGGCGGUCCAGGCCGUGUUGGCGCGACACGUAGAGAGGAAGAUGGCGGUGCCCAUGCCUUCCAAACGGCGCUCCCUGGUGGUCCAGACCUCCAUGGACGCUUACACGCCUCCAGGGCUGUCGCCGCUGUGCUCUGACUCGUCGUCGGGCUCAGAGGAGGAGGCGGGUCCGGGCGACGACAUGACGGGCAUGGAGCACUGGAUGAGCCGGCCCUCCCAGCUCGGCCCCGCCCACCUGGGCUCCACCUCCUCGUCGUCGUCGUCCACGCAGAGCGGAGGCAGCGGGAACGCCGGGCGGCUGGCCGACUCGCUGGCGCACACGCACAUCGCGCACCUGGCGCACCUGGGCCACCCUCACCUGGGCCAGCCGCACCACCAGCAGAGCCUGCUGUCACAGUCGCAUCACGGAAUUGGCCACCUGUCUCUGAAGAGGAAGGGCGCUCUGAGCGUGGCGGAGAACGGCGGCUCUCUGCGGCGGUCCUGUGAGUUUGGAUCGGACAUGCUGUGGCCGCCGCCUCUGGAGUCAGAGGAGAACCACUCGGCGCAGCCGGACGUGACGGGAUACUCGUCGGACUCGUCCCACUCCCACACCGAGCGGCACCACAUGUCCAACAUGGGCACCAUCGCCAGGAGCACGCAGAAGUACGGCAACGCCGAGCGCAUGGAGACCGGCGACGGUGUUCCAGUCAGCAGUCGGGUGUCGGCUAAGAUCCAGCAGCUCGUCAACACGCUGAAGCAGCCCCGCAGGCCGCCGCUGCGCGAGUUCUUCGUCGACGACUUUGAUGAGCUUCUGGAGGUCCAGCAGCCAGACCCCAACCAGCCACGGCCGGAGGGGGCCGAGAUGAUGCCGGUGAGGGGGGAGCCGCUGGGCGUGGUCACUAACUGGCCCCCCUCCCUGGAGGCGGCGCUGCAGCGCUGGGGCACCAUCUCCCCCAAAGCGCCCUGCCUCACCAGCCUGGACACAGCGGGAAAACCCCUCUACGUCCUCACAUACGGGAAGCUGUGGUCACGCAGCAUCAAGUUGGCCUACAACAUCCUCCACAAACUGGGCAGCAAGCAGGAGCCAAUGGUGCGGCCGGGCGAUCGGGUGGCGUUGGUGUUUCCUAACAACGACCCAGUAGCCUUCAUGGUGGCCUUCUACGGCUGCCUGCUGGCUGAAGUGGUUCCUGUUCCCAUCGAGGUGCCGCUGAGUCGCAAAGAUGCCGGCAGCCAGCAGAUCGGGUUUUUAUUGGGCAGCUGUGGCGUUACCGUGGCGCUGACCAGCGAUGCCUGCCAUAAGGGUCUUCCAAAGAGCGCAACAGGAGAGAUCCCACAAUUCAAAGGAUGGCCCAAGCUGCUGUGGUUUGUAACGGAGUCCAAGCAUCUCUCCAAGCCUCCCAGAGACUGGUUCCCGCACAUCAAGGACGCAAACAACGACACCGCAUACAUAGAGUAUAAAACCUGUAAGGACGGCAGCGUUCUGGGCGUCACGGUAACGAGGAUCGCUCUGCUAACACACUGCCAGGCUCUCACCCAGUCCUGCAGCUACACCGAGGCUGAAACCAUAGUGAACGUCUUGGACUUUAAGAAGGACGUGGGCUUGUGGCACGGCAUCCUGACGAGCGUGAUGAACAUGAUGCAUGUGAUCAGCGUGCCGUACUCCCUGAUGAAGGUCAACCCUCUGUCGUGGAUCCAGAAGGUCUGUCAGUACAAAGCCAAGGUGGCCUGCGUCAAGUCCAGAGAUAUGCACUGGGCUCUGGUGGCCCACAAGGACCAGAAAGACAUCAACCUGAGCUCGCUGCGGAUGCUGCUGGUGGCCGACGGUUCCAAUCCCUGGUCCAUUUCCUCCUGUGACGCCUUCCUCAACGUGUUUCAGACCAAAGGGCUGAGGGGAGAGGUCAUCUGUCCCUGCGCCAGCUCUCCCGAGGCCUUGACGGUCGCCAUCAGGAGGCCGGUGGAGGACAGCAGCCAACCUCCGGGCCGCGGCGUCCUGUCCAUGCAGGGUCUGAGCUACGGCGUGGUGCGGGUGGACACGGAGGAGCGUCUGUCUGUCCUCACCGUUCAGGACGUCGGCACCGUCACACCAGGAGGCCUGGUGUGCGUGGUGAAGCCCGAGGGCGUCCCUCAGCUCUGCCAGACGGACGAGAUCGGCGAAUUCUGCGUCUGCUCCGUUGCCACGGGAACGUCCUACUACGGCCUGACAGGAAUGACCAAGAACACCUUCGAGGUGUACCCGGUGAGCUCCGGCGGCGGUCUGAUCAGCGAGUACGCCUUCGUGCGGACCGGCCUGCUGGGCUUCAUCGGACCCGGCGGCCUGGCCUUCAUCACGGGGAAAAUGGACGGCCUCAUCAUGGUGAGCGGGCGGCGGCACAACGCCGACGACAUCGUCGCCACGGCGCUGGCGGUGGAGCCCAUGAAGUUCGUCUACAGGGGCCGGAUCGCCGUGUUCUCCGUGACGGUGUUGAGAGACGAGCGCAUCGUGGUGGUGGCCGAGCAGAGGCCUGACUCCACGGAGGAGGACAGCUUCCAGUGGAUGAGCCGGGUGCUGCAGGCCAUCGACAGCAUCCAUGGCGUAGGCGUGUUCUGUCUGGCUCUGGUUCCGGCCAACACCCUCCCCAAAACCCCGCUGGGCGGCAUCCACCUGUCGGAGAUCAAGCAGCUGUACCUGGAGGGGGGGCUGCACCCCUGCAACGUCCUGAUGUGCCCCCACACCUGCGUCACCAACCUGCCCAAACCGCGGCAGAAGCAGCCAGAGAUCGGACCCGCCUCCGUGAUGGUGGGGAACUUGGUGUCGGGGAAGAGGAUAGCUCAGGCCAGCGGCAGAGACCUGGGGCAGACCGACGACAACGACCAGUUUCUGUUCCUGUCAGAAAUCCUGCAGUGGCGAGCCCAGACCACCCCGGACCACGUCCUCUACACCCUGCUCAGCUCCCGGGGGGCGGUGUCGAGCUCCCUCACUUGUCUGCAGCUGCACAAGCGGGCGGAGCGAGUAGCAGCUCUGCUGAUGGAGAGAGGAGGCCUGCAGGAGGGAGACCAUGUGGCUCUGGUUUACCCACCAGGCAUCGACCUGAUCGCGGCGUUCUACGGCUGCCUGUACGCCGGCUGCGUUCCCAUCACGGUGCGGCCGCCUCACCCCCAGAACAUCUCCACCACGCUGCCCACCGUCAAGAUGAUCGUCGAGGUCAGCCACUCGGCCUGCGUCAUGACGACGGCCGUCAUCUGCAAGCUGCUGCGCUCUAAGGAGGCCACGGCCACCGUGGACAUCAGGAACUGGCCUCCGGUUCUGGACACCGACGACCUGCCAAAGAAGAAGCCUCCAGCUUUCUAUAAGCCCACCAACCCCGACGGCCUGGCCUAUCUGGACUUCAGCGUGUCCACCACCGGCAUGCUGGCCGGAGUCCAGAUGUCCCAUAAUGCAGUUGGAGCCUUCUGCCGCUCGGUGAAGUUGCAGUGUGAGCUGUACCCGUCCAGAGAGGUGGCCAUCUGCCUGGACCCGUACUGCGGCCUCGGCUUCGUCCUCUGGUGUCUCUGCAGCGUUUACUCGGGCCACCAGUCCAUCCUGAUCCCGCCGGUGGAGCUGGAGACCAACCCGGCUCUGUGGCUGCUGGCUGUCAGCCAGCUGAGGGUGCGAGACACUUUCUGCUCCUACAGCGUCAUGGAGCUCUGCACCAAAGGACUCGGCCUGCAGACCGAAGCACUGAAGGCCCGAGGUCUGGACCUGUCCCGGGUCCGGGCCUGCGUGGUGGUGGCAGAGGAGAGACCCAGGAUGGCGCUCACACACUCCUUCUCCAAACUCUUCAAGGACCUGGGCCUCCACCCUCGCUCCGUCAGCACAGCGUUUGGCUGCAGAGUCAACCUGGCCAUCUGUCUGCAGGGGACCUCAGGACCCGACCCCACCACCGUGUACGUGGACAUGAGAGCGCUGCGCCAUGACAGGGUUCGGUUGGUGGAGAGAGGCUCGCCCCACAGCCUGCCGCUAAUGGAGUCUGGGAAGAUUCUGCCAGGAGUCCGUAUCAUCAUCGCCAACCCGGAGACCAAAGGGCCGCUGGGAGACUCCCACCUGGGAGAGAUCUGGGUCCACAGCGCUCACAACGGCAGCGGCUACUACAGCGGCUACGGCGAGGAAGUGCUGCAGUCGGACCACUUCAGCUCCAGACUCAGCUUCGGAGACACCCAGACGGUCUGGGCCAGAACCGGAUACCUGGGCUUCCUCCGCCGCACCGAGCUCACAGACGCCAACGGAGAGAGGCACGACGCUCUGUUCGUGGUCGGGGCGCUGGAGGAGGCCAUGGAGCUGCGGGGGAUGAGGUACCACCCCAUCGACAUCGAGACCUCCGUCAUCCGCGCACACAAGAGCAUCAUGGAGUGCGCCGUCUUCACCUGGACCAACCUGCUGGUGGUGGUGGUGGAGCUGGAGGGCUCUGAGCAGGAGGCCCUGGACCUGGUUCCUAUGGUGACCAAGGCCGUGCUGGAGGAGCACUACCUGAUCGUGGGCGUCGUCGUGGUGACGGACGUCGGCGUCAUACCCAUCAACUCCCGCGGCGAAAAGCAGCGCAUGCACCUCCGCGACGGCUUCCUACAAGACCAGCUGGACCCCAUCUACGUGGCCUACAACAUGUAGCCUGGCUGUGUGUGCGUGUGUGUGUGUGUGUGUGUGAGAGUGAGAGAGGGUGUGUGUGUGUGUGUGUGUGUGUAUGCUGCUCAUAUCGCCGUCGUUGUUCAUUAAUUUCCCAGAAAUCCAGAUGUACUGUAUUUUUGAGCGUUGAUUUGAUGUGUUCUGCAGUCGUUUGUUUUCGCCGGCUGAUUCCGGCCGAUGGAUCGUUUUUAACCCCUCGCUCGACCCCGCGGCCAACAGGAAGCCUUAGAGGAGCACUGUGUUCAAAUCUGUGGUUUCUGUCUCAGUUCCACCAGUAGGGGGCGUCAGAUUAUUGUAAAAACUAUAAAUACUGUACAUAAACAUAAUAAUCUAUAUGGAGAGGAACUAAACAGCGAGGUGUAGUAGCCCCUGAUGCAGCUCUCUCCACCCGCACCCUGAGUGUGUGUGUGUGAGUGUGUGUUCACCCGUCUGUGUCGAUGUGCGACAGGAACAUUUUCUGUGCUUUUAAACGCAGAUUUUAUUCAAAAACGAUCAAAGAAAAAAACUACAACCGUGUGAAUCGGCUGCAGCUUUCUUCUGUUUGGGGCUAAACGUUUGUUUUUAUCUCAAAAAAAGAAGGAAAAGAGUCUUAAAGCGGUCGGUUUGAACCAAAAAUAAUGCUGCAAAUUUCAACAGGAACAAUAAAAACAUUUCUGUAUGUGAGCAAACUCAGAAUUUCAGUCCUGAAGCACCAAAAGCGUCUCGCUGAGCAAAGUGCACUGUGUGAAUAUAACAUAAAUAAAGUUAUCAUUAUUUAAAUAAAGUUUUAGAGAAUACAUCUUCAGCAUCCAGAUGUUACUGCAGAGGUUUUUACAUGUGAACAAAAAUAAACCAAAUGACUUUAUUUAAAUAAACAUUUUAUCGUGUUGAGGGAGUUUCUUCAGAUUAUUUAAAUGAAUUAAAUUAUUAAAUUAAAGGUUUCCAUUAAAACAUUUAACUACCAGGUUGGAAGUUAAAUUUUGUCCUUGCAGAAACAUCUGGAAGCUGCGGGGGUGAAGAGGAGGAUGAAGUUUACAUAAAAAAGCUCCCGUUGUAGCAAUAAUCAUCCAAAGGUUGUUCUCUACUGAUUCUGUGGAUUCCUGAUUUUAAUCUCAACACAUCACAGCAUUUACAAUCAUAUCUAUACCUGAAGGUUUUCAUUGCUUUCCUGCAUUUAUUACACUUUUCUUAGAGUGAAACUCUUCAGAAAUGCUGCUACGGUGGCCUGAAAAGAACAAAAACAACAGCUGCUGUUUAAAUGCUGGCUGCAGUUUGCAAUCUGGGCAACUAGAUGGCACUACAUCCCGCAGACAGGACCUUUAAGACGUGAAACAAGCUGCUGGAUGCAAAAAUAUAUAUAUAUAUAUUUUACUCUGAUCAGCCUGUAAGACUCUAACAUCACAGUUUUAGAAUAAAAAAUAACUUUUAUUUAAUUUAUCUGUUUUAAAAAAAAGAUUAUGAAAUCACUGAGUUGCAGGAUUUUUUUAAUUUAAACCAUAUAAAUAUGGAUUUUUUUAAGCAGUGAGACAUUUUCAAGAACUGAAUAUCUAAAAGUCUUUUCUUUUUGUUUUUGUCACAUAGAAAAUGUUUUGUAGAUGUCAAAAUAUUUCUUGCAAACCUUAGAGUUUGACUUUAAACCAUAAAAAUGAUUGUUUUUUGUGCAUUUUGAGCAGGAAUCCUCAGUAAAGAACAACCUCGGAGCUACCGCCUGAUGUGCACUGACUCAAACAUUUUCCGAGGUUAUAGACGUUUUACCAGAUGAUAAAAAAUAAAUAAAUCUAUGUAGAGUUUAAAUAAAUAUCAGUUUAUGGCAGGAUUCCUGGGGAUCCUCCUGAUGUAAGAGUCUCGUUGUUUGGAUAAAUUUAGUUUACGCGCCUGCGGGUGAAAAACGUGACAUCUCUUCACGUUUUGUUUCACAUCAUCGGGAGGAAAAAAAUUAAUUAUGCAUAUCAGAGGUUUGCUUGGAUUGUUGGUAGCAGCGUAGCGAUGACGUCAGAAACCAGGAGGACCGUCUGUGUUCAGGGCUGAAUGGGAGAGAGACUGCACGCGUGUGUGUGUGUGUGUGUGUGUGUGUGUUGUAUGUAAAUAGUGUUGAUUUUGUACGGUAAAAGUGUGUGUGUGACUUGUUUUGUACACAUGAUGAAAAGAGGAAAUGACACUUUUAUAAGAGCCUGCUACCGGCUCCCUAAUCACACUAUACAGUGCAAUAAAGUGCUUUGAUUGGCUAGAA